GCGCCACCAUAACCGCCAGGCCACACCCACACUCCACCCCCACCCCUUCCCCUUCAAAAACAAUAUCUCUGGCACUUCCCAUUCUCUUCGUCUCUCUCAAUCAUGCAUCAAACUUCCUCUCCAUUUCUUCCCUCAUCGAGCUGAUCGAGCCAACCAAUGUCAAAUGUUCCUCUUAGCUAAUGGAUCAUACUUCAGAACCAACCAGUCAAUCCACAGAGGAGGAAGACUGCCACUCGGUCUCCCUGCCACCAUCCCGGAGCAUUUUGGUUGCACGAAGGUCGAACCAAGUAUGUGCCCCUGCUACCAUCCAAUCAUCACCAAGCCUAAUCAUACCCAGACCCCCUCAUCCACUUUCACGAGGUAGCAUGACAAGGGGCAUUCAUGAAAGUUCAGACAUAACAUUAUCAUGUGUGAUUGAGCAGAUUAGAAGCAUUUGUGUCGGUAUCGAAAAUCUGUCUAAUCGUGGAGCUUGCCCAAGACCACCCGUCAGUCGUAUUCUUCGUCGCCAUUUACCCCAGUCUCAGGCUCACCGUGGGCUACCACAUGCCUUGCCCUCUACGGUGCUCACAACCGGAUCUGCUCCUAGGACUACAGCAGGUUCCCCACACCAUCGAAUCCGAGCUCUUACUAACUCGGAUGAAAACCGAGCGCAGAAUGAGGAUGACAUCAGUCUCAUGAUGCAUCAACAUGAGGAAACUAUACUCUAUAUGCUAAGGAUACUCAACAACUUGUUAGAAGGAUCGCUUUCGGUACUGAUUUCACAGGCUGACAAUGGAGUGAACUUCCGGGUUGUGUCUGAGCAGGAACACAACAUUCCAUUCAAUAGCCAAUCCUUAAUGGUCCAGCUUACCGAAAGAUACGAUCAUUAUCGAGGGAUGCGGCUCGAUGUGGAUAACAUGUCUUAUGAGGAGCUAUUGGCUUUGGAAGAUCGAAUCGGGUAUGUCAGCACAGGAUUGACCGAAGAGGCAGUCACAAAAUCUCUAAAACACAGUAAAUACUUUUUGUUUGCAGAAGAGAAUGCUGAGAAAGAAUCCUGCGCCGUCUGUCAGGAGGAUUAUGUGGAAGAGGAUGAGCUUGGAACACUAGACUGUGGUCAUGCCUUCCACACUGCUUGUAUUAUACAGUGGCUCAGAUGCAAAAAUCAAUGUCCUAUAUGCAAAUCCACUGGUUUGUGCACAUUACUGCAGGCUCAUCAUAAUCUGUAACAUAGUUAUGUCAAAGCUUAGUCUUCAUUUUCUUUGUAAAGAGGUUUAUUUAUUGUGUAAGUCAGAUCGAGGGCCAAAGUUUAGUCUUGAUUUUCUUUGUAAAGAGGGUUGUUUAUCAUGUGAGUUGGAGAACAUUUCUAUGGUAACAAAAUGUACAGAUUCAGGUGUUCAUCAUGUAAACAUUUAAGCAAGUGAAUUUUUAAGGGGGCAUUCUUUUU